ACGUCCGCAUCGGCGACCCGGCAGGAACACGGCCGCGGGCAGAGUGCCUGUCUCCGCCACAACCCCGGCGAGGCCCCCCUCCCCCUCCGUCCACACCUCCUCCCCUCCGUCCUCUCUCUCUCUCUCUCUCUCUCUCCCUGCCGCGUCGCCGCUAUAAAUACCUCUUGCCGCCGCCUCCUUCCCUCCCAUCUCCAACGCCAAGCACAUACUGACACACACACACACACACAAGCCCAUUGCAUUCGCCAAACAUUCGCCCACGCGCCAUUGUAGCGCACGAGCUCCCGAAGCCCUCAUCGCCGUGCCGUUCGUCUCGCCGGAUCGAUCGCUCCGCCCCUGCUCCUGGCUUUGGUGCCGUAUGCCCGUCCGUCUCCAUAGGGCUUGCAUUCUCUCUGCUUUGAUUUGACGGUACCCAGCUGAAGCACACAAAUUGCCUCCGUUUGCCGGUCCUGUGCGUGCGCGAUCGAGUUUUGUUGAUGGUCAUCUAGCAGGAUCGCAGGAGUUGACGAGCCGCACGCCCUAGCUCGUACGUGAAAAAAACGUGGCCACGGUGCUGAAACCAAGAUGGUUAAUUUCGGUAAGAAAUUGAUGGCAGACCAGUUGGAGGAGUGGCGAGAGUACUAUAUUAAUUAUAAGAUGAUGAAGAAAAAGGUAAAACAGUAUGUACAGCAGACCCAAACUGGUGGAAAAAAUCGUGACCAGGUUCUUAAGGAGUUCUCAAGGAUGCUUGAUGAUCAGAUUGAAAAGAUUGUGCUAUUUCUUCUGCAACAACAAGGUCAUCUUGCUAGGAGGAUCGAGAAUUUAGGAGAACAGCGUGUCGUGCUUAUGGAACGGUCUGAUGUAUCCCAAAUUUGUCAAAUACGCCAGGCUUACAGGGAAGUUGGAUAUGAUCUUGUGAAGCUACUUAGGUUUCUUGAUUCGAACGCUACUGGUAUCCGGAAGAUACUUAAGAAGUUCGAUAAGCGCUUUGGCUAUAAGUUUACAGAUUAUUACGUCUCUACUCGAGCAAACCAUCCUUAUUCUCAGCUCCAGCAGAUCUUCAAGCAAGUGGGAGUCGUGGCUGUUGUUGGUGCUUUGUCUCGCAACCUUUCUUAUCUACAAGAUCAUCAAGGAAGCCUAGCAAAUAUCUAUGAUUACCCAUCACUCAUCUUGAAGGAUCCCGUCAUAGAACAAAUAAAUCACUCAGUACAGAAACUCACACACUCCACAAGCUUUCUGCAAUUUCUAGGGCAGCAUGCACUUAUCGUUCCGGGGGAUAUGCAGAGCGGCUCAGAUCUCGGUGAUGACAAGGAUUACCAUUUCCUGUCACUGCUGCUGAACCUAGUAAACACGUUUCUGUACAUGGUUAACACAUACAUCAUCGUUCCAACUGCCGAUGACUAUUCAGUAAGCCUCGGAGCUGCAGCGACUGUUUGCGGUGUGAUUAUCGGAUCAAUGGCAGUUGCACAAAUCUUCUCCUCGGUAUAUUUCAGUGCCUGGUCGAACAGAUCGUACUUCAGACCCCUCGUAUUUAGCUGCAUCAUGUUGUUUCUGGGGAACCUAUUGUAUGCUUUGGCAUACGAUCUGAAUUCCCUAACUGUUCUUAUUGCUGGCCGGCUACUGUGCGGUUUGGGUUCGGCCAGAGCCGUGAACCGCCGCUACAUCAGCGACUGUGUACCCCUGAAAACCAGGCUGCAGGCGUCGGCUGGGUUUGUCAGCGCUAGCGCUCUUGGAAUGGCAUGUGGUCCCGCUCUUGCCGGUCUGCUGCAGACAAAGUUUAAGAUUUAUGGGCUUACAUUCAAUCAGAACACCUUGCCUGGGUGGGUCAUGUGCCUUGCUUGGAUUGCAUAUUUGUUCUGGCUGUGGAUUUCAUUCAAAGAGCCGGGCCACAUUGCCACAGAGAAUUCAGUCAGCACGCAAUCAUCUGAUUCUGGCCGUCGAGUAAGCGGUAACUUGGAGGGUGGCCUCGGAGAGCCUUUGCUCAUAGACGCAAAGGCAGGGCAGGAUGAGGACGACGAGGACAAUGACGACCCCGAAGAAUCUCAUACACCUGCCACAUCGCUUGCUGCAGCAUACAGAUUGCUGACACCAUCUGUGAAGGUUCAGCUACUGAUCUACUUCAUGCUCAAGUUCGCCAUGGAAAUCCUACUCUCGGAGUCGAGUGUCGUGACCACGUUCUAUUUCAAGUGGACAACUAGUACCGUGGCGAUCUUUCUGGCAGUUCUUGGUCUGACGGUUCUCCCAGUUAAUGUCAUCGUUGGGAGCUACGUCACCAACCUGUUCCAGGACAGGCAAAUCCUGGUGGCCUCCGAGAUCAUGGUGUUGAUCGGCAUCGUCAUGAGCUUCUGCUUCACCCCUCACUACUCCGUCCCCCAGUAUGUCACGUCAGCUCUCAUCACGUUCGUGUUCGCCGAGGUGCUCGAAGGGGUGAACUUGUCCCUCCUCUCCCGCGUGAUGUCGUCGAGGCUCUCCCGCGGGACCUACAACGGCGGGCUGCUCUCGACGGAGGCCGGCACGCUGGCCCGCGUUGCCGCUGACAUGACCAUCACGGCCGCUGGCUAUCUGGGGCAGGGCCGCCUCCUGAACGCCACCCUCCUGCCGUCCUUGGUGAUCUGUCUAGCAUCUAUCGUCGCGACGUUCUGCACUUACAACUCACUCUACUGAUUACCGGUCGAUGAACUCCUCUCCCUCUUAUACAAGUUGCCGAAUUGCGUCUUGCAGUGACGCUGAAAAUUUUCGGGCUGCUGCUGCUAAUGUAAACUGCUGCGGCCUGCGGGUGGACGAGCGGUCCAUGUGUAUCGACGCCUGUAGUGUUGCGAACUUGCUACGGCUGUAACAUGACACGUGCGCGUUAAAUAAAAUGCCCUACUGAAGUA